GUAUUUAAAUAGAUGUAGAAUUUUUUUAAACUUAACUCACGGUCACACUGCAGGCGGCAUUAAAUUGGUAAAGAAAAACAAAGAUGCGCGACGAAAUUUUGGAUCCUCAUAAUCUGGUAAAGAACCGGGAAAUAUUGUACCGGUUAAUGAUCAGUCAGUUGAUGUACGAUGGGCUGGAGAAAUUUGCAAUGGAACUCUCAAUGUUGGUCAAGGCGGAUCAGUGUGCGCCCAGCGAACGCCUGCUGCACGUGAUGAUCUCGGGCAUGCAAACUAUGUCCGAGAAGGAUAAAAGCAAUACGGACGAUGUGCUGCCUGGCAUCGAUUUGGAAUUCGAACCAGAGGCUUCGGCGCUGGCUCCCGAACCGCAUUCCUACGAAACUGCUUAUGUGACAUCGCAUAAGCAGGCUUGCCGAGCUGGUGCGUUUAGCUUUGACGGCUCCCUAGUGGCCACGGGCAGUGUGGAUGCCAGUAUUAAAAUCCUCGACGUGGAGCGCAUGUUGGCCAAAUCAGCACCCGAAGACAUUGAACCAGGACGUGAGCAACAGGGACAUCCAGUCAUACGCACAUUAUACGAUCACACGGAUGAAGUGUCGUACCUCGAAUUCCAUCCCAAGGAACACAUCCUGGCGUCGGCAUCGCGUGACGGCACCGUCAAGCUUUUCGACAUUGCCAAGCCAUCGGUGAAGAAGGCGCACAAAGUUCUAACCGACUGUGAGCCCGUGUUGUGCGUCUCGUUCCAUCCGACCGGCGAUUAUAUUGCCAUUGGCACUGAACACAAUGUGCUGCGCAUCUAUGAUGUGCACACGACACAAUGCUUUGUCAGCGCCAUUCCGUCGCAGCAGCACAAGGCGGGUGUCACGUGUGUUAAGUACUCGCCCACAGCAAAGCUCUACGCCACGGGCAGUUUCGACGGUGACAUUAAGAUCUGGGACGGCAUCAGCGGCCGUUGCAUUAACACUAUUGCCGAAGCGCACAGUGGGGCAGCUAUUUGUUCGCUGCAGUUCACACGGAAUGGAAAGUAUUUACUCUCUUCUGGCAUGGACUCAAUUGUCUAUCUGUGGGAACUCUGCACCAGUCGACCAAUUCAGACUUAUACGGGCGCUGGCACAACCGGCAAGCAGGAGCAUCAGGCAGAAGCUGUUUUCAAUCACACCGAAGACUAUGUGCUCUUCCCCGACGAAGCAACUACAUCGUUGUGCUCUUGGAAUUCUCGCAAUGGCUGUCGCCUGACACUCAACUCGCUGGGACACAAUGGCCCGGUGCGCUACAUUACGCAUUCGCCUAAUGCGCCGGCAUUUUUAACUUGUUCGGACGAUUUCCGUGCACGCUUUUGGUAUCGUCGUGCUAAUAAUCAAUAAGCGUCUCCUUAGAACUAAGCUAAGCAUAAUAAUAAAAUAAAACCAAUAUUAACAAGAUGUCUUUAGUUCUUUUGAAUAUGUUGCGUAGAUUUCUCAAACGCAUACCAGGAAAUGACUAAAAACGUUGCCUACUUCUAGGCGCGGAAUUUGUGAGAAAUCUAUUGAUAUGACUUAAGUUGGUUAAGAAUGUUCUUUCACUAAAGUUUAAUUGCAUAAAUUAUUUCAUUUAUUUAUUUAAUAUUAAUUGAUUCAGAGUUUCAAGUCGUAUAAAAUCUAUUUAUUGAGCGCAUUGUUAGUUUAAGUCGUAAUAAUUGCUUUAAGUAAAUGUUCAAAUCUGAAUAUGUUACAUAAUACAAAUGCUGAGUACUUUUGAGCGUACAAUUUGUGUGUUUUGUGCACGCCACUCUUUUCACUAGGCUUUUGUUUUCGUCUAUACUUAAUGUGCAUACAUGUAGUUAUAAUGCUUUGUUUAACUUAAGACAAAAUAUCAGUUAAUAUUCACUGGAAGUCCCUUGCGCAUUGUAUUGUGCAGCGAUUGCGAUUGAAGCACGCUUUAAUGCCGUAAUAUCUAAAAUUAUAAA